AUGACUGACGGAUCAUGGGAUGGUGCACAAGCCUCUAAGACAUCUGAACAACAAUCAGUAGCAACACCAACACGUUUGGGUAUUGGACGUGGAAAACCACGUACAGAAACGAAUAAUGAUGAACUAGUAGCACCACCACCCGGAAAUUGGAAUAGUAAUGGUAGUACUACAUCCGAAAAUUUCAGUACCUUUCGUAGUAGAAACAAUGAUGAAAGCAACAAUCCAAAUAGUAGCAGUGGUAGUGGAGGAUUUGGUUCACGAAAUGCCGGUGGUUUUAAUGGCGGUCGUGGUACAUUUGGUGGAGACAGGGGCGGUGGUAGUAGAGGAGGAUAUGGAUCGAGUAACGAUAGCAGCCCUCGUGCAUGUUAUAAUUGUAAUCAAACUGGCCAUAUCAGUCGAGAAUGUUCUGAACCAAGAAAAGGGAAUCGUGGAGGCUAUGACGGUGGAAAUCGGGGUGGUCACAAUUCGACUAAUAGUCGUGGUGGAUUUCAUUCGGGUGGUAAUAAUGAUCGUAGUGGAUUUAACUCAGGAUUUGGCAAUCGUAAUGGAUUCGAAUCAGGCGGCGGUUUCCAGUCAAACGGUAGUGAUCGUAAUGUGAACUUCGUCUCACCACCAGAUGGUGGAAGUUCAUUGAUGUCAGUCACAGUUAACAAUGAUUUAACAGCUCGUGGUAGUAGUGGAUUUCGAGGUGGCCGAGGUGGUGGCGGAGGAGAAUUCAAUUCCAGUGAUCGUGGUUUUCGUGGUGCUGGUGGCGGGGGACGAGGAGGAGCCGGUGGUAAUUGUUACAAUUGGUACGUUUUGUUUAUGAGUUGCAUUUUAGCACUUCUUUUAUUUGUUAAUAGUAAUGAACCAGGUCAUCAAGCUCGUGAUUGUCCUCAAGAAAGAAAACCUCGUGAUAGUGGCAGUAACAGUUUUGAUAACUCCGGUGGUCGACGAAAUAAUAAUCCAGCGUCGGAUGUGUUUGAUCAACCUGGUGGUCAUCCAACUGAACGUUUUAUUCCACCACCUGCACCAACAACUGAAAAUGGUAUAUUCGGCGAGGCUGUUACAAGAGGUGAAAAUUUUGGAAAAUAUCAUACAGCUCACGUACAAUGUACACCACCAGGCAAAGUACAACCGAUUGAAUUAUACGAAGAAGCAAAUCUUGGUACACAAAUUUUAUCAAAUAUUCGUCGUGCUCAGUUUGAAGAACCAACAGCUAUUCAACGUUAUACAAUACCUUGUAUACGACAACAAGAUGAUAUAAUGGCCUGUGCACAGACUGGAUCAGGCAAAACAGCGGCUUUUCUUCUGCCAAUCAUAUCAAAUUUACUAUCAUAUAAUGCGGAUGAAUUAGCUGAAAACCAAAAUCCACCAGCGCCAUUGUGCCUGAUUGUUUCGCCUACGCGUGAACUUGCUCUACAAACAGAACGCGAAGCAAGAAAAUUUGCAUUCGAAACUUCUGUGAUACCGUGUUCUGCUGUUGGUGGUCAUGAUAUGUUUACUGUAUCGGAUCGUCUUCGACAAGGUUGUCAUAUUCUAUCGGCUACAACUGGUCGUCUUAAAGAUAUGGUUGAAAAAGGCCGAAUUUCGUUGAAAAAAGUGAAAUAUUUUGUUCUUGAUGAAGCUGAUCGAAUGUUGGACACAGGUUUUGAACCUGAUAUUCGUAAAUUAGAAGAUCUCGGUUUACCACCAAAGGAAGAUCGUUGUACAUCGAUGUUUUCUGCAACGUUUCCUACUGAAGUACAACAAUUAGCGAAACAUUUUCUACGUAACGACUAUGUCUUUUUGGCUGUUGGUACACUUGGUGGCGCUAACGAAGAUAUAACACAAUGCAUUGAAGAAGUGCCACAAGGACAAAAAAAAGAUCGUCUUUUUCAAUUACUCGAACAAAAUCUUAAAUCUGAACGCUGUUUAAUUUUUGUUGAAACAAAACGAUCAGCUGAUUACAUAGGUUCGUUACUAUCACAAAAAAAUUUUCGUAGUACAACGAUGCAUGGUGAUCGAACACAACAACAACGACAUCAAGCUGUACAAGAUUUUACAACUGGAAAUUGUCCAAUACUUGUUGCAACAUCAGUUGCUGCUCGUGGUUUAGAUUUUCCUUUAAUCGGCUAUGUUGUUAAUUAUGAUUUACCGGAUUCAAGUGAUUUUUAUAUUCAUCGUAUUGGUCGUACAGGUCGUGCUGGUCAUUUGGGUAAAUCAAUAUCAUUUUUUGAUUCCGGUCGAGAUUCCGACCGAAAAAUUGCUCCUGAUCUAUUAGCAAGAUUAAUUGAAGCUGGUCAAGAGGCACCUGAAUUUCUCAAAACAUUGGUUAAUAGUGGGAAUGUUGGAUUUUACAAUGAAGGUCAAGGUUCACGAAAUACUGACGUACGUGAUGGUCAUAGUCAUUUUCCUAAUCGAAGUAAAGCUGCUGGUCCCAGCGGUGGUACAGCUUCUGCUGGAGCAGCUAACGAAAAUUGGGAUUAA